AUGAGUUUUCUCACAGAGGAAGAGAAAAGAAGAAUGUUGAUUAUGCAGAUAGAGAAAACAGCUGAAGAAAUCAGAAAGGGACAAAAACUUGGCAUUUCACCAAACUACACACAUUUUUUUGGCUUGAGAUCAUCAGGGAUGUACUCGAAAAUCUCGGUAAAAUCCAAGGAAGGAAUUGUGUGGGCUUGGUUUUUAAUUGUAAUGUUUUUGGUGUGCUCCACAGCCAUACUGAUUUUCAUGAAAAAGUUUGAUAUCAUCUAG